CUCCUUGAUGCUUUGUCCUUUAGGUGACAAUAAAUGGUGCUUAAUGCAAACGUUAGUCUCCCUGUUCAUUUCAGUUAUGACAGGUUCAAAGAAAUUCUUCUACCCGGGAGAAACCAUUGUUGGUAACAUAAUCGUGAAAGUUGACUCUUUGACCAUGACUUGUAAGAAAAUUACGCUGAAAUUUAAAGGGAAAUGUGACAUUUCGUGGACGACUGGAACUAAACGUGGCCAUGACUUGAAAACACAUACAAACAACGAAGAAUAUUUCAAAAAAACGUCAACACUUGCAGAACCAACUCAUGAAAACUCUGAUAUAAUUCUUGAUCACGGGGAAUUUUUCUAUCCAUUUCAAUUUAUACUGCCAGAUAAUUUACCUCCCACUAUAGAUGCGCCGUAUGUGACUGGUGGUAUAAAAUACUACGUUAAGGUGAAACUGCAUGUUGAUUCCUACCGUCUGAAGUCAGACGUUGAAGAAAAGAUGCCAUUUAAGGUUGCUGCAACUCCAGUAAAUUUGGAUCAAAUGAGAUACCUACUUGAGCCUGUUACUAUUACAGAAGAGAAGUUUCUUUGCUGCCUGUGCUGUCAAUCUGGACCUAUAAAGCUUAUUGGUAGCAUUCCAAAGCAAGCUUUUACUCCUGGGGAACAGAUUCAGCUUUCCUUUGAACUUGACAACAAGGAGACAGACCAACCUCUGAGAGCAAUUGAGGCAAAACUGAUGGCAAAGUUUAAAGCAACAAGUAACAUUAGAGUCAAAUAUGAAAAUGAAUGGGCUGAAUCCUCUGUUGAACUGUGUAAUGGAAUGACGCCAAGGAAUAAAAAUACUUGGAAUGUCACUCUGAACAUCCCGAAAGAUACAACUCCAAAUUUUCAAAAUUGCAAGUGCUUACAGUUAGAUUAUUAUUUUAUUGUGAAUGUAGACAUAGAAGCACACUUUGAUGCAAAUGUCUCAUUUCCAAUAACAAUUUCAAGUGGCCCAUUUUCUGUUCAACCUUCACCUAUGUCAAUAGAUGUAUCAAGUACAGCAUAUGCUCCUCAUUCAAUACUUCCAUCUGCAAAGGGAUAUCCCCCUCCAUCUCUUUCAGCUGUAAUCCAACAACCAGCAUCAUUGACCUUGGAUGUACCUCUUUCAUACCAAACUGAAGAAAAGUAAAGUACUUAAAGUGUUCUUUUUCAAAGUUUUUAUUUCAGUCUAUCCUAAUAGCACAACUUUCUUUACAUUAAUAAUUUGUAUUUCAUUGAAAAAUAUCAUUCUCUC